AUGGCGGCCGUACAAACCACCAUUAAGACUGAGCUCUGCUCCUUCAGCGAAUACCGUAUAUACCCGGGGCGGGGGCAGAAGUUCGUCGCACGCGAUGGAAAGGUGCACACGUACAUACACUCCAAGGAGGCGCGCCUCGGCAGACAGAAGCUGAAGGCGGCGAAGCUGCGCUGGACUUUGGUCUGGCGUCGCGCCAACAAGAAGAGCAGAGGAGAGUCCAUUGCGAAGCGCAGAACGCGAAAGGGGGCGAAAGUGCAGAAGGCGAUUGUAGGGAUUUCUUUGGAAGAAAUUAAGCAAAGAAGAGCAACAAAGCCGGACGCCUCGAAGAUGAGGAAGAUGCCUGCUGCUAAGGAGAAGAAGGAACGGAAGGAGAAGCCAAAGACGACAGUCAUUCCAGGGGCUCGCGCUGCCCCUGCCAAGAUGGUCCCGCGCCAGAAGAUGGCGGCAUCUCGUCUGAUGUAG